GGGAAGCACGGACGGAGGAUCCCCCCACGGCGCGAGUGUCGAGCCCUGAGCAGCAACGGAGAGGAUGGAGAAGGUCGUGGCGAGGGCCAGAGCCGCCUUCAACUCGGGCCGGAGCCGCCCGCUGGAGUUCAGGAUACAGCAGCUGAAGGCCCUGGAGCGGAUGCUGAAGGAGAAGGAGAAGGAGAUCCUGGCAGCUCUCCAUGCGGAUCUGCACAAGGGUGGGCCCAACGCCUACAGCCAUGAGAUCCUGGGCUUGCUGGCGGAGCUGGCCCUGGUCAUGGAAAAGCUGCCGUCCUGGGCAGCCCCUCAGCCCGUGAAGAAGAACCUGAUGACAAUGAGGGACGAGGCCUACAUCAACUUUGAGCCGCUGGGAGUGGUGCUGAUCAUCGGGGCCUGGAACUACCCCUUUGUGCUGGUCAUGCAGCCUCUGAUCGGGGCCAUCGCAGCAGGCAAUGCUGUGGUGGUGAAGCCCUCAGAGGUCAGUGAGAACACAGCUAAGCUGGUGGCUGAUCUCCUCCCCCAGUACCUGGACCGGGAGCUGUACCCCGUGGUCACUGGAGGAGUUCCUGAGACAACAGAGCUGCUCAACCAGAGGUUUGAUCACAUCCUCUACACCGGCAACACCGCAGUGGGUAAAAUUGUGAUGGCAGCAGCUGCCAAGCACCUGACACCCGUCACCCUGGAGCUGGGUGGGAAGAGCCCCUGCUACAUCGACAAGGACUGUGACCUGUCCGUCGCCUGCAGGCGAAUAACAUGGGGGAAAUACAUGAACUGUGGGCAAACCUGCAUUGCCCCAGACUACAUCCUCUGUGACCCAUCCAUCCAGAGCCAGGUGGUGGAGAACAUCAAGGCAACUCUCCAGGAAUUCUAUGGGGAGGACGUGAAGUCGUCUCCGGAUUAUGGAAGGAUCGUCAACAAGCGCCACUUCAAGAGGGUGAUGGGCUUGCUGGAAGGGCAGAAGAUCGCUCAUGGGGGAGAGAAUGAUGAGGCCUCCUGCUUCAUAGCACCAACCAUCCUGACCGACGUUUCCCCGGAUUCAAAGGUGAUGGAGGAGGAAAUCUUUGGACCUGUCCUGCCCAUUGUGACCAUGAAGAGUGUAGAGGAAGCCAUUGAGUUCAUCAACCGUCGGGAGAAGCCCCUUGCCUUGUAUGUCUUCUCCAACAACAAGAAGGUGGGUCUGGGCAGCGGUGCCUCAGUGUGAUUGGAUCCUGUACUU